CUUCUUGGUUUCCUGCAGGUUUUAGCAUAAGAGUUGCAAUGGAACCGAGCUGGAGUACGUUUUUAUUUCAGCAGGCUAAUGAGGCACUACACCACCAGCACCAAUUAGCCGGGAACAGCCUCUUGCCUUUGCUUACUUCUGGAACAGAGCCGCCUGAUCAGAAACCAGUGCUGCCCAUAGUGUUGGACCAGAAACCACCAGUCAGUGCUGCAGAACUUCUUAAAGACAAUGUGGCUAGUGGGACUGGGGGAGGCGGUGGUGGUGGUGGACCUCCACUUGCUGUGGUCAAAAAAGAGCCUAAAUCAAAGACUCCAUUCAUUUGUGGCUAUUGCAACAAGGCUUUCCGGGACAGCUACCACCUGCGGCGACACGAGUCAUGCCACACCGGCAUUAAGAUGGUUUCGCGGCCUAAGAAGACACAAACAGCUCCCACCAUGGUGCCAAUCAUAUCCACUGUAUCUCGUGAUAAUGGUGGAACCCCUUCAUACAUUACUACUGUAGCUGGUAUAUUGACUACAGCCACCACAUCAACCGCAACGGGCACGAGUAUCAUGACUCCGAUGCAACACCAACAGCAGCAGAACAUCCCUAAGAAACCCCCCAAACCUGUGAAAAAGAACCACGGCUGUGAUAUGUGUGGAAAGGCUUUUAGGGAUGUUUAUCACCUGAACCGCCACAAGCUGUCGCACUCUGAUGAGAAGCCCUUUGAGUGUCCCAUCUGCCAUCAGCGGUUCAAGAGGAAGGAUCGAAUGACAUAUCAUGCGCGCUCCCAUGAUGGUGGAGUUCACAAGCCUUAUAUUUGUUCUGUAUGUGGGAAAGGGUUCUCCAGGCCUGAUCACCUAAGCUGUCACGUCAAGCAUGUCCAUUCCUCAGAGAGGCCUUUCAAGUGCCAAGUAACGGCCUGUACAUCUGCUUUCGCUACCAAAGACCGUCUACGCUCCCACAUGAUCAGACAUGAAGGCAAAGUUACCUGUAACAUCUGUGGCAAAAUGCUAAGUGCUGCCUACAUCACAAGUCACCUCAAGACUCAUGGUCAGGCCAGCUUCAGCAACCAAUGUAACAAUAAAGGCAUAAGUGACUGGCAGUGGAACCACUCAGGGCCACGAAAAGGUGAUUUGACGGUAGGAGAGAUUUUAAAUAACUCCUUUCAAGUCCUAAUUGACAACUCUCACAAAGAUACCAACAACGUGCACAAUUCCGCCACGACAACGCCAGUCACCAACUCUGCAGCCAUUACCUCGGCCAUGCACCGUGGCGGCAAUGCCAGCAAUCCGGUCACCAUUGCCGCUCAGAUGAACAUCACCACCAGCACGGUCAACAUUACAAACCCCGUCAACCUGCAGCACCCUGUCACCAUCACGGGCCCUGUGAACCUAGCCUCUGUCAACAUCCCUACAACUGCCCACAUGAAUAUCGCCCACCCUGUGGCCAUCACCACCCCAAUGCCCAUGAAUAUCACCGGCCCACUUAACAUUGCAAUGAGGCCCAUGGAGAGCCUGCCUUUUCUAUCCCAAGUCCUGCCAUCCUCACCCCCUUGGUAGUUUGUUUUCUAGCCGCUGAGUAACUGUUGAGAAUGUAACUGCCUAAUAAUAGAUUAAUCUGUCAAAUCUUAGUAAAUUGUGUUCUUCAGUGUAUGGGCAAUAUGUUCAACACUGAAGUUGGCAUACCGUCCUAAAUAAUGCAACAACACCCUACAGCCUACAUGGAUUAUGAAUUGCAUAAAUUAGUGCUAAAAUUAAUGUAACUAUUUAUGAGAGGAAGAUACUUGGGAAAACACUUGAUCCUGAAAAAAGUAAGUUAUAAACUCAAUGAUCUACAUAUCUGACAAAUGAAUUCAUCACAUUGAUGCAAAAUGUAAAUCAAAUAUUACCUCCAAAACCGUCCCUAUACAUUUGUAAAAAAAAAAACUCCUGCCAAGACAAAAAAAAAAAAAAAAAAACAGAGUUCGACUUUCCAUGUUGAUCCUCAUCUUAGAAAACAGGAGUUCGGACGUUUAUCUAUAAAAGGGACAAAUGUAGAAGAACAACUGUUAGAUUGGCUGGUGUCUAAAUGAUCAAACUCUCAUUUUUCUUUUAUCCAAACAUGUAAGCAAACACGUAUGCCAAAGAUUUUUGAAGUAACAUGUUUCCCUUUUGAAUCAUAUAUUUCAAAAAAUUGGGAAACCAAAAUAAAUUUAAAUCAACCGCUUCCUGACAAAGGCGUCACAUUAGAAGCUGUUACCGGUAGUUAGAUUUAAAUUUUGCUCCACGUAUUUUAACCUAUGCCAUCAUCAUUGCAUCUAUCAUAGUCAACUCAAUUGUAUAUUGUUACAUUUUAGUACAGGUAGUACACUACUUUUAAUUGUAUUUUCAAACAGAUAUUCACCAGUAUGAUCAUGAAUUUUUAUUAUUAUAGUAUUACUACAUUGUCAGCAGUUACACUUCCACCCAUUAUUUUCUCUCUUGCUUUU